AUGGCCACAACACAAAUGAAUGAUGUUGAAUUAAAAAACUUCGUUCGUUUUUCUGAUUUAGCUGAAGAACCAUUAUUAUCAUUUACACCAAUUCAUUUUUAUGAACAAAUGCCAUUAGUAACAGUAGAAGAUGCAAUUGAACCAUUAUUAUCUAUUGUACCUAAUAUAAAACAAAUGUUAUGUGUUGUAAAAGAAAAUUGUCAAGAAGUCAAAGAUGAUUUAACAAUCAAUGAAUCAGCAUCUAUUAUGUUAUAUUCAAUGGAAUCGGAACCAAAAGAAAAUUCAUUUAAUCUUAUUCUUAAUCGAACAUUACGUGAUGAAAAUCGAGAUAAAUUAAAACCAUGGCUUUUAUAUUUAAAGUUAUUUAUGAAAUCAUUAUCAAAAUUACCAUCAAUACAUUGUUAUGUUUAUCGUGGUGUUCAAAUUGAUUUAAGUAAUGAAUAUCCACAAGGAAAAACAUUCAUAUGGUGGGGAUUUUCAUUAUGUACUAGAUCAAUUGAAAUAUUUGAAAAUGAAAAAUAUAUUGAUAAAACAAAUCAACGAACUCGUUUUAAAAUUGAAUGUAAAUCAGCAAAAGAUAUUCGUAAUCAUUCAUUUCAUAAAACAAUAGAUGAAAUUCUUCUAUUAUCAGCACAACGUUAUAAAGUUAUAUCAUCACUUGAUUCAGAUAAUGGUCUUCAUAUUAUUCAAGUUAAAGAAAUUGAUCCAUUUCCAAUUUCACAAUCAAUGAAUAAUGAUCGUACUUCAUCAAUUAGUUUAUCAUUUAAUCAACGAAAACCUUCAAUUAAUAUAUCGAUUCGUGAUGCAUCAUUCUGCUCAGUUGUAUUAAAAUUAACAGGAUCAUCAUCAAUAUAUCAUAAUCCUCAUUUAGAAGAUUUAUUAACUUUAUGUAAAUCAAAUUCAAUUAUUGAUUUAUCUGUACGUGAAUUAAUUGAUCAAGAUAUGUCAAUUAUUGUUCAACGAGCAAUAAUUGAUAAAAAAUGUAAAGGACUUUAUUUAACAGGAAAUAAAUUUUCAAGUGAAAGUAUAUCAAUUUUAUCAGAUGCAUUAUAUAAUAAUUUAACAUUAAUAGAAUUAGAUUUAUCUGAUAAUCAUAUAUCUGAUAAUGGUGUUAAAAUUCUUAUGGAUAUUCUUUCAACAAAUAAAUUAAUUCUUAAAAAACUUCAUCUAGGUUCAAAUUAUAUAUCUGAUAAUGGUAUAUCAUAUGUAUCGGAUAUGCUUAAAAUAAAUCAAACAUUAACAAAUUUAAUGUUAAAUCGUAAUAAUAUAAGUAAUCGUGGUGUACAUUUAUUAUCGAAUGUUUUAGCUUUACAUAAUAAUACACUUGAAGUAUUAUCAUUAGCAUCAAAUAGUUUAAUAACAGAUUCAAGUAUUGAUUUAUUAAUUAUUAUGCUUAAACAUAAUGAAACAUUAAAAGAACUUGAUAUUAAAUAUUGUAAUGUAACUGAAAUAAAUAACCUACGUCUUCGGCAAAUAAAAUGUACAAUAUGUGAUCGUUAUGGAGCUUCACUUUCUUGUCGAAAUCAAUCAUGUUCAUUAAAAUUUCAUUUACCAUGUGCACAAUCUUCGGGUUGUUUUUUUUCACAUUCUCUAUUGACAUUUCUUUGUCCACAACAUUUAGAUUCGGUUGUGCCAAUUUUUGGUGUUGAGUCAUCAUCAUGUGAAGCAUGUUCGGAACCAGGUGAUGUUCGUGGACAAUUAUUUUGUACGAAUUGUGAUAAACAUUAUCAUGCUGAAUGUCUUAUGCUAGAAUCAAAUCGUGUUGUACGAACAGGUUGGCGUUGUCCUGAUUGUAAAAUUUGUCAAACAUGUCGACAAUCAGGUGAUGAUGCUGAAAUGAUUAUGUGUAAUGUAUGUGAUAAAGGUUAUCAUACAUUUUGUUUACGUAAUCAAUCAAUACCGAAAGAUGGUUGGAGUUGUUCAAGUUGUUUAUCAUUAACAAAUAAAAAUUCAUCAACAAAAUCUAUAUGUUCAUUAUGUCAAAAUGAAAUUUUAUCAAAACAAAAUAUUCGUCAAUGUCAUGUAUGUCAAAUACGUGUUCAUUCAACAUGUCAUUCAAUGCAUGAUGAUUAUUAUGAUGAUGAUACAGCAUAUAUGUGUAGAUCAUGUUCAAUGUCAUCAAUAACAACAUUGCCUAUGGAUGAAGGUGAUGAUGAUGAUGAACAUAAAGAAAUUUAUCGUUCAUCAUCAAAUUCAAAAAUAACUCGAUUAUUAAGUAGAUCACAUAAAUUAAAUAAUUCACCUACGGCUUCUCCGAGUAGUGGUAUAUCAACACGUAAACGUCGUAGUAUUGACUAUAGUCAACAAUCAUCUCUUGAAUAUACACCCGGUGGUGGUGAUAGUAAUGAAAUGUCAACACCAACAACAAAUACUCAUCAGCAAGAAACUCCAUUUAUAUUUGAAUCUUUACCUAGUAUAAAAGAUGAAUCAUCUGAACAUUCAAUGGAUUUACCCAUAUCAACAACAAUUAAUAUACCAAUAAAACAAGAAGAUGAUGAACAACCCGUAUUACAACAACCCAUUAAAUCCUUACGUACACAAACAAGUCAAAAAUCUGGUAAAGGAAAACCAGUUUUUGAAAAUCGUUCAUAUGCUGGUGAAAUAAGUAAAAAACGAGCUAGACGAACAUUAAACAAUGGUCAUCGUCGUGCAUCAUCACCUCAAUCAUCGACUGGUGUAAAUCAAAUGACUGGUACAAAUCCACCACGUACAGGCACAACGACUGGUACUGGUUGUCGUGGUCGACCACCAAAAAUUCGAAAAGAAAUUCCUAUUCAACCAGCAAAUAUCGAUGAAACAUCAAUAACACCAAUGAAUGUAUUAAAUACAAGUACUGGUAGUACGGGGAGUUCAUAUACAGUUGGAGCUGUUAAACGUGAUGAUGAUGAACAUCAUGCUGUAACUGUUCUUUGUUCAACAGAUGAAUUAUAUACAUUAGGACAAGAUAUGUGUGUUAGUUGUGGAAGUUUUGGUUUAGAUGAAGAAGGACGUUUAAUAUCAUGUACACAAUGUGGACAAUCUUAUCAUUCCUAUUGUGCUGGAUUAAAUAAAUUAUCAAAAGUAAUAUUAAAACAAGGAUGGCGUUGUUUAGAUUGUACGGUAUGUGAAGGUUGUGGUAAACCAACAGAUGAAUCUCGUUUAUUAUUAUGUGAUGACUGUGAUAUAUCUUAUCAUACAUAUUGUCUUCAACCACCACUUGAUCAAGUACCCAAAGGCAAUUGGAAAUGUCAAUGGUGUGUUCGUUGUGUUAAAUGUGGUUCAACAAAUCCAGGUCCAGUUGGUUCAUGUUGUUUAUGGGAAAAUAAUUAUACUGAAUGUGCUCCAUGUCAUUCACUUGUUAUUUGUCCUGCUUGUUCUAAACCUUACCGAACAGAUGAACUUAUUGUUCAAUGUACAUUAUGUGAACGUUGGUUACAUGGUUCAUGUGAACAUAUUUUAUCUGAAGAUUCAACAUUAUCAACAACAGGUGAUUUUAUUUGUUCAUUAUGUCGACCAACAGUAACAUUAACAUCAACAAAUGAAAUACUUCCAUCAUCAUCAUCACCAAAAUCUUCAUCACCAUCUGAUCAAGCACCAUUAUUAGUUGUUGCAACAAAUUCAACAACAACAGCAACAACAACAACACCAACACCAGUACAACCGCAAUUACCAACACCAAAAGCAACGAAAUUAGAUGAAGGUGUUUAUUUAACUGAUACCGGUUUAGCACAAUUAAAAUCAAUUCGUGUUAAACCAUUACCAAAAAAAGCAGCUGCUGGAACAUCAAUAAUAACAAAUACAAAAUCUAAACGUGGUGGUUUAGCUAAUUAUAUCGUAGGUGGUGUUAAACGAAAUAAUUCAAAUUCAAUACAAGAUGAUGAUAUGAUGGUUAAUAGUGCAACUGGUGGUGGUGGAAGUGGUACAAGUGAUGAUGAAGGAACAAAGAAAACAACUGCUACAGUACCAACUGCAAAAGCAGCCAAAGGUUAUACUGGUAUUGGUGGUUUUCAUGUAAAAAUUCGUGGUCAACGUCGUCGUCAAGAUCCAUCAUCAUUAAAUAUUGAUCUUGUUCAAGAUGAUAAUAUUCAUGAUGAAUCUUCAACAACAAAUAAACGUAAACGUGAUCGUCGACCAUUAAAAAAGAAAAGUGUUCUUGAAGAAUAUAUGCCACCUGAAAUGCAAGAAGCUUUUUUUGGUAGUGAUCUAGCAGAAAAAAGUCGUCUUAUGGCUCAAAAUCAUAUACCUAUUGUACCAUUACAAUUAAGUGAUCAAACAACAAUAAAUAAUAAUAAUAAUGAAUAUACAAUUAAAUUAGAUCAUGAUACAGUUAAUCGAUUUUUAAUAAAGAAAGCAACAAAAUUAGCCUUAGCUGUUAAAGAAGAACAACGACAACAACAGCAACCACCGCCACCAAUUACAUCUGUACCAACUCCAACGAGUUCUCUUCAACCACCAACUAUACCAACAACUGAUGAUGAAAAUGAUAUGCAAGCUAUUUUAGAUAAUGAAGAUUUUUGUAAUUUUGUUGAAUAUAUGAUGAGUAGUUCAAAAACAACACAAGAUCCAAUGUUACCACUUUGUGGUCCAACUGAUAUUGAAGAUUUUCUUGAAUUUAUUGAACAUCCUGAAACACAUAAUGAUUUACAAGCUGUUGAUCUUCUUAAUAAUUCAAAUUCAACAAAUCAAAAUCCUUCAAUAUCAAAUACAAAUAAUCCUGUUCUAGUUAUACAAUCUCAUCAAACAACAAUGAUAACUUCAGCAUCAACAGCUCAUCAUUCAACGAAUUCUCAGGUACCAUUAGCAACACCUACAUCAAAUCUUGUUGUUAUGGCCACCAAUGUUAAUGAUAAUUCAAAACAAAUUAUUAAUAAUUUAGCAAGAGAAAUGAUGGAAUCAACUGGUUUACAUACGACAACAACAUCUUCAAUUCUAUCACAAACAAAUAUUCAAAAUACCGGUCUUAUUGUUAAACAAGAAUUUCAUGAUCAUACACAUCAACCAAGUCCAUUAAUGAUUUCUCAACAACAACAAAAUUGGUCUCAACAACAAACAAUGUUACGUAUGCCAUUAAUACCAACAACUUCAACGCCAACACCAGCUAGUACAACUCCAACACAAGAUCGAUCAGGAUCAGCAACUGGUGAACAUACAAAUUUAAUGGAACGAACACGUGAUGAUGAAUUAUUAGGAACAAAUGCAACAAUGUCAAAUGUUCUUUAUUGUAAUGUUAAUCAUCCUGAAUUAAAACAACAAUUUCCUGAUUUCAAUGAACGAUUUAAACAAAUGAAAAAAAUUUGGCGUAAAGUUCCAACAGAUGCUAAACAAAAUUAUACUCAACAAGCACGUCUUAAUCGAACAAAACGACGUGCAUUAAAAAGUUCAACAAGUCAAUCAUCAACAACAUCAAAAGGUACAAAAAGAAAAAAUUCUUCGAAACAACAAUCAAGUGAACCUGAAGAUAAUAAUAAUGAUAUUGGAGCUGGUAGUGAAAGUCGUUCAUCAACACCAUCAUCAUCAGCAACAAAUGAAACAACAACAACGACAACAACAACAGCAACAGCAACAGCUGUUGUUGUUCAUCCAAAUGAACAUCAAGAACAUCCAACAACACAUAUUUAUCAACAAUCAAGACAAAUGUAUUCACCUGGAGGUAGUAAUUUAAUGGUUUCAACACCAAAUAAUCCUACGAAUUUUCACCAUCAACCUUAUGUUACACAACAACAACAAAUGCAAAGACCACAACAACAAGGAUAUAACACACCAGUUUCUGCACCAACUGGUUAUCCACCGCCACAACGAUUUAAUUUUCCAUCUCAACAACAAGUUCCACCACCACUACCACCACCACCACCACCACAACAACAACAACAACAACAAUCUCAAAAUUCACCUUAUUUUGAAUAUACACCAUCAACACCACGUCCUGUACCUCAUCAAACAUCAUCAUCAUCAACUGAAUCAACACCUAUUCUUCAUUCAAAUACUACAACAAAUACAAAUCCCAUACGUAAAUCAACAUCAUCAUCAGAUGCUACAACACCAUAUCAUCAUGUUUCACCUAUGGAUGAAACAUCUCCAUAUCAUCAACAACAAUCACCAUAUACAAAUCAAAAUCAAAUGAAAUCACAACAACAACAACAAUUAUUACCACGUGGUAUGCCACCAAGACCACAACAAAUAAUGCCAAGAUUUCCUCAACAAGAUCCAACGAAUUUUGUUCGUACACCAUCAUCAGCAGGUGCUCCUGGUCAACCAACAAGAUUUAUAUUUGCAUCCCCACCUAAUCAACAAGCACAACAACAAACAACACAUUAUGUGCAAUAUACACAACAAGGACAAGGACAACAUACAGUUGUUGUACAACAAGGAGCAAAUGAAACAUUUCAAAGAAUGUCUGAAAGUCCAGCUCAUCAACAUAUGCAGCAACAACAACAUCAAUUAUCACCUCAAUUUAGUACACAUCAUCAUCCAAUGACACCAAAUCCUCAACAACAUCCAAUGGCUAUGCAACAACAACAACAACAACAUCAUAUGUCUCCAUAUUCAUCUCAACAACAACAGUCAAUGCAUCAUCCACAUACACAACCAACACAACAUUCACCAACAAUUGUUGUUCAACCACCACCACCACAAUUUUCUCCAUCAUCAGUUCAUCAUCAUCAAUUAACAUUAACAACAAGUGGUCAUCAAUCACCACCAAAUGAUCCUAAUAAACGACAAAUACAAAUGCAAAAACCACCACAACCACAAUUACUUGUUAAACAUGAAACAAUGUCAUAUGAUGAACAACCAAUAAAAACUGAAGUACAUGAUGAUUCAUUAAAUGAAUCAGUAAAUACAAGUAAAACUCGUGCUGAUCCAUAUCUAUCUGUACCACCACAUGUUCUCGAACAAAUCGAUGAAGUCAUAAACGAUGUUAUAUCCGGUGCCGGUAUGAUACCUCAAGAAAUAGCUUCUAAUACUCAUCCUCCAUCAACACCUGUUCAAAUAGUUCCAUUGACUCAACCUAAAAUUCAACCUCAACAUAUGAUUACAACUCAUCAUCCAUAUGUUCAACAACAACAACAAGCACAUGAAUGGUCAAAUUAUCAACAACAACCAACAUUAAAUAUUGCUGCUAUGCGUGGUCCACCAUCAUAUACACAUUAUCAUCCCCAACAACAACAACAUCAUCAUGAUCUAUUACCAGCAACAACAAAUGUUAUUAAUACAGCUGGUGUACCACAUCCAGAACAACAGCAAAUUGUUGCUGAACGUAUAUCAUCUAUCUUAGCAUCAUCACCACAUGAGCAACAACAAACAAGUGUAUCACAAACACCUAUACAAAUAAAACGUGCUUGGCCAAUGAAUCAACAUCAACAAAGUGAUAGUCAUUUUCUUGCUGUAUCAUCCACUGAUCCAUCAAUCUCCCUUGAAGAUUUACUCGAACGUGAUUUCAAAGAUAAACAACAACAACAGCAACAGCAACAACAACAACAACAACAACAAUCAUCUACUUCAACCGAAUGGUCAGUUGAACGUAAUACAAAAUCUUCAACAAACUCAACAACACAGCAAGCACCAUUAACACUUGCACAUGCUGUUCAUCUUCUUCAACAAGCUAUAACACAUCCAUUAUAUCAACAAUCUCCACCACCAGAAUUAAGUGGUCUUGUUAGUGUUGGACGUGAUAAUGAUUUAACAAAACUCGAUGCUAAUAUAAAUGAAGAACAAUUUGAACGUUAUGCACGUUGGUUAAAACAACGAAGAGAAAUAAAUAGUCUAAGAAUAAAAGCUGAUGAAACAAAUUUAGCAGAUAUUAAAAAAAAGAGAAAUAUUUUACUUAAAAAACAAAAACAAUCUUUAUGUACACCUGAAGAAGAACAAGAAAUGCCACGUUUAUCACAACAACAAACAGAAUAUUCUCGUACAUUAACAGCAAUGCGUAAAGAACGAAAACAAUUCGAUGAAUUAGAACAAGCUUUUCUUGUUUAUAAACAAAGUCGAUUAAAUGCUUUAUAUCCACCAAAAUUAUCACCUGUAUCAACUGAACAACAUCCAGAAGCAAUUGUUCGUAUGAUGUCAAUGACGAAUGCCCCUCAAACAUCUAUUCAACCAUUACAACGAUUUCUUUCUGAACAUCCUUCAGCAACAAUGACAUUUACAUCACCAUCAAAUACGGAAGAACAAGAUGAUUUUACUGCUGAUGAUCAAACAUCAUUAUCACCAUCAAUUUCAACUGAUUUACAACAAAAACAACCAACAUUUAUGCAACAAGAAAAUCAAUCAAUUAAUUCAUCAUCGCCAUCAUCUUCGUUUUUAACACCAAUGCAACCAUUAACAUCAUCAAAUAAUGAUCGAUCAGUAUCAUCAAUUGAACAUCAUCAAAUGACAAGUAGUCCUAAUCAUGAAAAUGAAACAAUACCAUUUGAACCAUGUCGAACAUCACCAAAUGCUCCGAUUGAUGAUGAAUCUGUAACUGGAAGAUCAGUUAAAUUAAAUAUUCAAUCGAAUAUUGUUGAUGAGCUUGAGCAAUGA